AUGAUCAAAAUGUUAUCUUUAAGAAAUGUAUACAGAGGGAUCCCGGCUACAAGUCGCAAGCUACACUCAAGUGCAUUUGUCACGCAAAGAAAACAAUCAGAUGUGAUUAAGCAACAAGAAGAAGAAGGGGAAUUACCUAAAGAAAUUGUCAGUGGUGCACCACAAAGCUUAGUUACAGAAAGAGUUGUUAGAAUUUAUAAAGAAAGUAAACCUGCAUCUCAAAGUGGAUUAUGGGGUAAAGGUCAUAGAUGGGAAAAUGAUUUGAUUGGGUAUCAAAGUUCUAGUGACUACAUGUUAUUUGAUACUAAAGAAGCAGCUAUUAAAUUUGCUGAAGGUCAAGGGUGGACAUUUUAUGUACAAGAACCAAAUGAACGUCGUUUCAAGAAGAAGGAUUAUUCUAAGAAUUUUUUGCACAGUCCAACUAAACUUAAACAUAUCAGAACCAAAUAG